AUGAACUUUAAAGGUGAACCAAUAAGUUUUCUGCCCAAUGGAGGCUUAAAUGUAUCCAAGUUUUUGAUUUUCAAUUCCAGAAUUACCAGUGGUCGAAUGAAUUGGUUUAAGGUUGGUACGUGGUCUAUGAGCAGCAAGUGGGGGCGAAGCAAAUCGCGAUUGUUUAUCGACGGAGUCACCUGGCCAGGAGGUGCUAAUUCGCCACCCAAGGGUAGGGCUCAUCGACUUAAAUUGAAGGCGGUUAUGCUGCAGGAACAGCCGCUUCUCAUAUAUGGCAAUCUCCAGGAGGACGGAUCUUGCGACGCUAACUCUGUUCCCUGUUGGAUUCGAGGAGAUAGGGGUCGUUCGCACAAGAAAUUGAAUUCCAUGGUAUCGAUUGGAAAACCCCUAGACGGACCCAAAAACUUGUCCUUUAAUGAACGUUCAGAGACUCGACAAGAAAGGCAACUUGCCUGCUGUACUGGACUGACAAUGGAUCUCUUAAUUGAGCUCAUGAAAGAUCUUAACUUCGAAGUGGAGCUCUAUGAAGUCAAGGACCGCCUAUGGGGUGGCUGGACUAAGGAAGGCUGGAAUGGCUUGGUUCGGGAAAUUAUGGAACAUAAAGCAGAUAUGGCCAUAACUUCGUUAAAAAUAACUCCGAACCGCUCCGAACAGAUUGAUUUUAGUGUACCUUUCUUGGAAACUGGAAUUGCAAUAACUGUUGCCUUAAGAGAGGGGGCUAUCUCACCUACAGCUUUCUUGGAGCCCUAUGACUAUCAGUGUUGGUGCAUCAUACUACUCUUCAGCGUUCACGCCUCAGGUGCAGCAAUUUAUCUCUACGAAUGGCUUUCUCCUGUUGGACAGGACCGUGGAAGACUUGUCACCCCAGAGCAUCGAUUUACAAUGUGUCGCUCGCUGUGGCUAAUCUGGUCCAUGCUAUUUGGAGCUGCUGUGAAUGCAAACAAUCCCAGGGGCAUGGCCAGUCGUUUCAUCGCCAAUAUUUGGGCGCUCUUUGCCCUCGUCUUCCUCGCCUCCUACACGGCUAAUCUAGCCGCUUUCAUGAUCUCCAAGGAUGACUUUUACGAUCUCGAGGGCAUUCAUGACUGGAGACUGCAACAGCCAUGGAACCACAAGCCGCCAUUUCGAUUCGCAACCAUACCAAGUGGAGCCACGGAGGAGAACAUAAAAAUAAACUUCCCUGAAAUGGCUGCAUACAUGCGCGCUUUUAAUCGGACAACAGUUAUCAAUGGUUUGAAGUCACUAAAAUCUGAGGAGAUUGAUGCUUUUAUAUACGACGCCACAGUUCUGGGGUACUGGACGUCAAGAGAUGACGGCUGUAAAUUAAAGACGGUUGGAAACCUGUACGCAAUGACAGGAUAUGGUAUAGGCUUUCCAAAGGGUAGUCGGUGGCUGCCUAAAAUCAACUCUCGAAUUCUGCACUACCAAAAGAAUGGUGAGUCCUGCGGCCAAUCACAGCCCGCUUCAGAUACAAUUUUUUUUUAA